CUUAUCACGCACACACGACCAUGCGCACGGAAUGAUACUAGGCUUCACACUGAUAGCUGUCGCUCUGGCGUCCUUUGCAUUUCUGCAUGAGCGCGAGAAUGGAAAGAUGACGUCGUACAUACGGGCCCUUCUAGGCUACGCGUCGACGCAGAAUGAGGGGAAACAGUCGCCGACGGCCGUUGAUGUUGAUACCAGUGCCGACGCGCAUACUGCGCUCACCAACGAGGAUGUAGAAGUCACGGGAGUGGCUGGAAAAGACGCAUCUGUAGAGCAGGAAAAGCAGCGCGGCAGCACGUCGCCAGCAUCAGAGGCAGAAGGGUCUACGCCAAAGGUGAAGGCGGCGGCGAACGGGAUGCUCCCCGCGGUUCCUUCGUUUUCCCUCCAGACACACAAAGAGGAUGACGACGAACAGGACGGGUCCGAAGACGAGAAUGAUCACUUGCCGCCGCCGUGCUUUCCGGCCAUGAAUUCAGCGCAGCGAGCGGGCGCUUCAACUCUUUCUAAACCGCCCACGUUAAAGCCACUGUCGAAUGGUGGCGGACUGAUGGCUCCUCCGCCGCGUCCGAACCCCUCCCGACCGGUGACGGGCCCGCUUCCCAAUCGUGGCUCACUGUCGACGUCCAACGCGCUAUCGACGCCGCAGACGAGGGCAGUCAAGGCUCCGAACCCGAGGCAGAAGGUCCUGCUGCAGCCUGGACACUCGCCGCUCGACUGGGCAAAUCUCAAGCGGUCGGGAGCGAACUUGGCGGGCGUUGAUGGACUGUUACGCGUGACGCCGUCGCAGCUGAAGGAAAAGAACGGGCGCAAGGGAAGGCCGGCGUGGAGUUCGUACAUGGGAAAGGUGUACAACAUCGGGCCUUACCUGCCUUACCACCCAGGUGGUGAGGGCGAACUACGCCGUAUCGCGGGCAAGGACGGCGCGAAGCUGUUCAACGAUGUGCAUCCGUGGGUGAGCUGGGAGAAUAUGUUGGAAGGCUGUCUGGUGGGUAUCAUGGUCAGCGAAAGCGAGGGAAAGCGAGAGCUCGUCAGCGAGCUGGACGACAUGGACUGAUGGGACGAUCGGGUGGUUUGUGAAUGGCAUGUGCUGGUUACACGUAGAAGCACUUGACUUUGGGGCAUGGCGGGGGUCUUGUCAUAUUUCUGCUGGCAGGCAUAGUGGAAAUCCUGGUUGCUCGAUGAUACCCCCUACCCCUUGCCUACCGCCGCCAGUGUGUCAUAUAGACCGUUUGAAUAGACCAAGACGUAUUCAAGAUUAAGAUGCUCGCGAGAUGGAGCACAUGAGGCGCUCGCAAUACCUCAGUGAUUCUGGUUGUUGAUGCGGUGCACCGAAGAGAUGGAACAAAGAUGCAC